UUCCACUCAUAAAAUUUGAUCAAAUUUGAACAAAGUAGAGAUGCUAUUUAUGGCCACCUCCAUAAGACCUGCAACUCCUUCUCUUUCCUUUUUCAGUGGUAGAAAGGCAUCACUUAUAUCAAAAGCCAAAGCCUGCAGCAUGUCUAAAGCUAAUUCCACUAGUCCAAAAGCUGAACCACCAUUGAGUCACAGCUCUAUUCCCACAAAUAUGAAUACCCAUAGGCGUUCUGGGAAUUACAAACCUCCUACAUGGCAUUUCGAAUAUAUCCAAUCCAUUAACAAUGAUUAUGUGGGAGACAACUAUACGAAGCGAUUAAAUAAACUGAAGGAGGAAAUGCGGAAGAAGUUGAAGAUGAUGGACGAUGUUGAUGGAGAAGAAUUAGACAAGCUGGAGCUGAUUGACAACUUACAAAGACUUGGACUGAGUUACCACUUCAAGGAAGAAAUCUUUCAAAUUUUGAGAAGCAUACACCAACAACAUAUAUUACAGAAGAAGGGCAGAAACAUAAUCGCGGGAGAAUAUUCAUUAUUAUACGCUACAGCUUUGAAAUUUAAACUCUUGAGAGAACAUGAUUUUGAUAUUUCUCAAGAUAUAUUGAACAGUUUCAAGAUUGAGAACGGUAAUUUCAAGGAAAGUCUUGGUAAAGACCCAAAAGGAAUGUUGCAAUUGUACGAAGCUUCGUUUUUUGCUACAGAAACAGAAAACACUUUGAAAUCCGCUACAAGAGUCACAAAGUCGGAGCUGAAGAAUUAUCUUGAAAAUUAUGAACACGGUGAGGAGAAUAUAACAGCAACAUUAGUCCGCCAUGCAUUGGAACUCCCUUCGCAUUGGAUGAUGUUGAGAUUAGAGACAAGAUGGUUCAUAAACGUUUAUGAGAAAAUGCCAAACGCUAAUCCUCUUCUGCUUGAGCUUGCCAAGUUGGACUUCAACAUUGUUCAAGCAACACAUCAAGAAGAAUUAAGAGAUGUAUCAAGGUGGUGGAAGACCACAUGCCUGGCAGAGAAGUUGCCAUUUUCAAGGGACAGACUAGCGGAGGCUUUCUUUUGGGGAGUAGGGAUAGUAUUUGAGCCUCAACAAGGACAUUGCCGAGUAAUGCUGACAAAGAUCAUUGCUUUUGUUACAUCCAUUGAUGAUAUUUAUGAUAUUUAUGGGACUUAUCCUGAGUUACUCUUCACUGAUGCUGUAGAAAGAUGGGAGCUAACAGCAAUGGAGCAACUUCCGGAAUACAUGAAAGUAAUGUACCUUGCGCUGUUCAACACAAUCAAUGAAAUGGCAUAUGAAGUUCUAAAAGAGCAGGGUAUCAACAUCCUACCCUACCUUUCAAAAUCAUGGGCAGAUUUGUGCAAAGCUUAUUUACGAGAAGCAAGAUGGUACUAUAAUGGACAUAAGCCAACUCUGCAAGAAUACAUGGAUAACGCAUGGAUCUCAAUUUCAAUUCCUAUGAUAUUAAUCCACGCAUUCUUCUUAGUUACCAACCCAAUUACCAAAGAGGAAUUGGAAUCACUAAGCAAGUACCCAGACAUAAUUCGCUGGUCUUCAACAAUUUUUCGCUUCGUCGAUGAUUUAGGGACAUCAUCUGAUGAAUUGAAGAGGGGGGACGUUCCAAAAUCUAUACAGUGUUACAUAAACGAAAAGGGUGUUUCCGAAGAAGAGGCAAGAGAACGCAUACAACAUUUGAUAAAGGAGACAUGGGAAAUGAUGAACAAAGCUCAGAGAGAAAACUUGCUAUUUUCUAGAAUAUUUGUUGAAAUCGCAAAGAAUAUUGCAAGAACGGCACAGUGCAUGUAUCUGCAUGGAGAUGGGCAUGGAAUUCAAAACGCUGAAAUUAAAAAUAGCAUAUCCAAAAUACUUUUUGAGCAUAUCACAGUUCCUAAUCCAUUGACUCCCAAUCCAUCCCUAUAAUUAGAGCUAGAUACUAGUAUAAUUUAUUUGUAUCGAAUAAGACUCUGAACUUGUGCUUGCGUAAUACUGUUCGUGAAAGCAGCAGCGAGUCAACUUCUUAAUUAUGUGAUAUAUAGCUUGUUUUGAUGGUUGUUACCCAUCAUUUCAUGAUGUACGUGUUGUAUCAUUUGAUAUAGUUUAAUAAUAUUUUAGUAGUAGGUUUAACUGGUCGUAUUAAA